UUCUUUAAUUUCACCUCAAUUUUGCAUUUCUUCAGUGUAUAUUGUAUGUAUACUAUGAUGCCAUGACUCCCACGAGGAAGACAAUGGUAUUGGCAUCCUUAAGCUUUGUUUAUAAAACCGUAUAGACAAAAUAAAGUCCAGGAGAUUAAGUAAAAAAAAAAAAAAUCCCCCUUUAUGACUGUUUCCCCGUUAGAGACAAAACAGAAAAGUUACGAUGAAGAUAAAAUCCCUUUUAUUUCUAUUGUAGCGUGAUAACAAAGCCUUUCCACGACAGGUAGUUAAGUCUAAUGCUUUAUUGGGAGACAAUAUACUGCGUAAAUGCACUCAAAUAGAAGCAAAAGCUUCUAGAAAGUAAAGCUGCUAUUUGAAUUAACUUCACAUUUGCAGGUGGAGAACUUGACUGUGCUGUUGUAAACACAUUGCGGCGAUUGCAUCUAAGUUCCAGGAAAUCUAGUUUAGCCCUAGUUCAGACAUUUCUAUGAAGAACAGAACAGAACAGAUUUGAACGGUCGUUCAAGUUUGAAGGCAUGCAUAACACGACAUUAUCACGGCUUUAUUUGGUUACUGGUAGAGGAAAAGAAACGAAUAUUGUACUGAGCAAAGUUUCGCUUUUCUUUUUCCUACAGCCAGCGACAACUUUAUAUCUUGGUAUCUCUUUGUGUAUUUUGAAUGAAUUCAUUUAUUUUUAAUAAAUACAUUGUAGUUGUAUAAAAAUGACUAAGACAAAAAAACUGUCUAUACAUGUAGAUGAAUUGUACCAUGCUGAGUCACACCGUUGUGACACGCCCCCCGUCCCCCGCGAGAACACUUUUUAUAAGCGCUCAGCUGGCAAGAGGGUUAAAAACCUUUCUGACUGCUGAAGUCGCAACAAUACAGUCUGCUUAAUAUGAGUGCAGAGCGCAGAACGAUGCUCACACAGAUUUAGGUAAAGAGAAAAGCCGAAUUAGUGCCGCGUGGAAGAGAUACCUGGAAUAAUUCUUCGAUUGGAUUAAAUCAACUCUCUCCUGGAGUGGCUGUAUCAUCUUCAAGGCUGGGAAGCUGAAGUAUGGCUGUAAUCGCCUGGCUGAUCGUUCUCUUUUUGGGCAUCCGCAUCCAGUGCAGUGUUGUGGAGAUGGGCUGCAAGGAAUGGGCGCUAAAGGGGAGCGGUGUUUGCUGUAACAGCUGUCACCCAGGAAAUCACCUAGUCGAGGAGUGUGGUCAAACCCCAAAAGAACUUUGUAAACCCUGUGAGCCCGGGACCUAUACAGUGCACCCUAAAGAAUACAGCUGUAACCCUUGUACACAGUGUGUAGGUGCUCAGGUCCUUCUACAAGCCUGCACUGCCACAACUGAUACCAAGUGUGGCUGUAGAAAAGGACUUACUUGUGGUGAUGAAAGUUGUUCCUUCUGUGUGAAGACAUGUGAAAAAGGCUUUGAACCUACAGUUAAUCGUGACUGCAGAAAAUGUCCAAAUGGAACUUUUAACGACAAAGUUCACCAGAAGUGCAAACCCUGGAGUACCAAGUGCUCCAAUCCAAAUGAGCAGAUUGUGUUAAAAGGAGAUGCAUUAAAUGACAUUAAGUGUGUUCCAGUUAUACCUGAGGCAACACGUGGCCAAGAAGUUAAACCUGACUCUGAUGCUCAAGACCCGAUAUGGCCACUGUUUGUUAUCAUUGGCAUACUUGUCUUGUUCCCCGUCACCAUCAUCAUUAUCAUGAUCGUAGCUGUGAAAAACCUCCAGAAAAGAAAGAAGACAAAAAAGAGAAUUCAUGAAAAAAUCAUUGUAAAUCCUACAGAUGAUCCCAGGACAUUAAUUGCAAUAGAGUGCAGUUUCCAUGAGGCUCAGCAGGAACAGGGCAGCACUUGCAGCUCAGAGUCACUGGACUCUAAGGACUCUUCAGAGCAGCUGAUUGCAUGAAUGGAAUGACCUGGGCUAGAAAGCCGCAUGCAAGUAGCUUUUUCCUUUAAGGAAACAGGAUUUUACAGCUAAAAUGGGAUUCUUCUUUCUUCAUACUGAGCCACUUUUUGUUUUUUUAAAUGUCUUUGUUAUACCAAGUUGCUUAGGCCAGCUGUCUUUAUUUUAGAACAGCAUAAGCUACUGUGUAAAAAGGCCUAAGAGGACAAAACAAACUGUAACAUCAUGCUCAGUUUUAACAACUGGAUACAGUUUCAGUGAUCCUUCAAUAACACAGCCAGUUGAAACAAGAGGAAGGGGAAUUCUGAGAGGGGAAAGAAGAAAGUGGACUUAACAAUAGGUUAUUCACCAUGUAAAUUCUAACAGCAGGCUGUUUUUUUGCCAUCUUGAAAUGUGAACACAGUCAUGAAAUAACAAUGAACAAAAGCUAGCCUUUUUGCCAUCACGUUUUUAAACUGCAUUCAAAGUUCAGUCUACUUGCCCCAGUACACUGUAAAAAAACAGCUGUAGUCAGUAAGAGUAUGAUAGACAGUAAUUAAUCUGUUAUUUGCCCGCCUGAGUGGUAAAACUGCCAAGUAUUGCUCAGUUUGAAAAUACGAUGUGGGUGAGUGUGCAAGUGGGUGUAACAGACUGAUUUUAGUCAUAUUACUUUCUGAGCCUUUAUAUUACCUCCCAGUAGUAUGGUUUUACAUAUGCUCAACAUAACAUAGCAACCUACCUGCUGUUUAUGGCAGUUUUGUUGUUUUAAUUGUUUUAUCUGUUGGUCAUUUACAGUUUGUCUUUUUUUUUUUAUAAUUAUUAUUUGUUAAAUUGUGAAAAUAGGUAGCUAGACUCAUUAUUGCAUGUAGCCUCUUCCACUCCACUGAACUCUACCAGGAACUAUAUGGACUUUCCAACUGUUGCUUAACUGGUCAAAAAAAAGCCCAGUGAAGGGACUUCCCUAUUUUAAGUAGAUAAAGCUACGAUUCAAGAUGAAGCACUAGGGAGACCUAUUAGUGAAAUACUGAGUGUACAGAAUGGUUCACAAAUGAAAGGUAAAAAUCGUUCAGCUGUGACAAUCACUGAGCAUGUUAAGGCACGCUGUAUGACUAAGUGUUUAUCAGAUCAAGUAUGCGUUCAACAGGUCAGAAUAAAAACAAAAAUGAAAUGCUCUAAAGCUUAGUAACACAAUUGCGAAAAUCUUUCAGUAUUCCUCACGAGUGCCACAUGGGAAAUCCACCAAUUAUCGCUGUAACUCUUGAAUGUCUUGGGAAAUCCUGUGAACAAAUAUGCUUGACUAAUGUAAAUGACAUGCAAGCUAAACCCAGGGGCCAAGCGGAAACCCCCCAGAGAGAGUCUUGUAGAGUGCGUUACUUUUGGUUUCUUCUAGAACAGCAGAGUGGGCAGCAAGAUUAGACCAAACGGUUUUUUGUUUUUUUUUUAAUUCUAUUGCUCCCCUGGUCUGUAAAAGGCAAGUGUUUCUUCAUGGAACAUUUGAGAAAUAUACUGUGUGGGCUUUGCCUGAAAACGUUUACCCACGCCUAUAGUAAUAGAGCAGCGUAUGAGUCACCUCUCCAGCAAAGCAAAAUCAGUUAAAGACUUCAAAGUUCACAGGUGGCGCAGUGAAAAAGUGUUAACAUUACAGUACAGUCAUACAGUGACAUUUUAAUACGACUGCAGCACUUUAUUAUACCUGCUGAAUAUUACCUGAUGAAUGUCAUGUACUUUUGGUUUGAAUGUAUAAUUUUGUCUCACGGUGGUUUCCUAUAAAAUGGCUUCAGCUGUCUAAAGUACUGUAUAAAACUGAUUAUAUGUAUUUUUACACUGUACUUACAUCUCAUUUUUGAACAAGCAAUAAAGAUUGUAUUUAUUAUGUACAGAAUAGUUGCAGUCAUGGUGUCGUAUUUCAGUUGUGUAAAGAAAAGAGUUUAAAUGUGGCAGCAAGAACAACAUACACAAAACAAAAAGAGAGACCAAUAAAUAGUAAUACAUGCAUCAAAAUUAUUUCCAGUCACUUCUGUUAGAUUCCUGUUUGGCAUUAGGAAUAGUGUUAAAGUGACCUGGUAAAACAUGCAAGUGUUUUAGUUCAAAGUCUGUCUUUGGUGUUGGAUUUCAGAGAUUGCGAAAUGUAGUUGUAAGCUCCAAAAGGUAAUAGUAGCAGCUAAGCUUCAUGUAGCUAUAGCAUAGAGCUAUAGUUUUAUUUAUUCCAUGAGCUGUCAGCAAGAGUAUAAUGAACUUCCUCGUUCGAGUGGGAAAUAAUUACAUUUAAUUUUGACUUCUUUCACUACCACUAUGUUAAUGUGAUCCAGUUUUACAACUUCUGGGAUUUCCAUCUAUAAAAAGUAAACAAAGUUAGUUUGAUUGUCGUUGGAUAACAGCAAACAUGACAAGAACUGCUUUGAAACAAGAUUACUUUGUCACUAUUUCUUUGUAAAGAUUAACGUUCACAUGCUUCUGGAGAUUCCCCCAAGAAAUAGAGUGGAGGAAAUAAUUAUUUGAUGCCCUGCUGAAUUUGUACAUUUACUCACUUAAGAGGAAAUUAACAGUCUCUAAUUUUUAUGGUAGCUUCAUUUUAAUGGAGAGCGACAGAAUCUCAAGCAAAAAUACAGAGGAUCGGUUGAUCCUUUACAACCAAUCCAGAAUUCUGGCUCCCACAGAUUGCCUAUAUCCCUGCACAUACAGGCAAUUACAAUCUGUCAAUCAAUUACAGACACUGGCAAUCUGAUGUGUAUAAAGCAAACCUGUCCACAGAAUCAAUUUCAAAGUUUUCACCACCAUGGACAAGACCAAAGAGCUGUCAGAGGAAGUUACUGACCAGACUGUAGACCUAACACAAGGCUGGAAUGGACUACAAGACUAUCAGCAAGAAGCUUAGUGAGAAGGUAAAAACAGUUGUGCGACUAUUCAGAAGUGGAAUAAAAUGACAUGGGAGAAAGCGCUACAGUCAGAUGAAGCCAAAAUCAAAUUCUUUGGCAUCAACUUGACCUACUGUGUUUGGAGGUAAAGAAACUGAGUGUGAUCCAAAGAACACCAUACUUACAACAAGUAUGGAGGUGUAAAUAUUAUGCUUUGGGGCUGUUUUCCUGCUAAAAGUACAGACAACUUGACUGCAAUAACAGGGAAAUGGACAGGGCCAAGUACUGUAAAGGUUUUGGAUGGGAACCUCUUUCCCUCAGCCAGAACACUGAAGAGGGGUUGUGAAUGGAUCUACCAAUCUGACAAGCACUCAAAACAUAUCGCCAAGGCAACAAAGGGGUGGUUAAAGAAGAAGCAUAUUAAGGUCAUGGAGUGGCCUAACAAGUCUCCAGACCUCAAUCCAAUCUGUGGAGGGAACUGAAGCUUCAAGUUGCAAAGCAUUUUAUAACUUUUAUAUAAUGUGUUUUUUCUGGAUUUUUGUUAAUGUUUU